AUGUUGCAGCACGCCAGUAAACGCAGCUUCAGUAGCUGCGCCGCUCGGAACGGUUUCUUUAACAAGUUCUUCCAGCCGAUCAUAAGUGCGUCGAAACCGGAUGAACACCAAGUGGAACAGCUUGUGAAGCCCGUUGGACUGCCGAAACCGCCCACGGCAAGCACCGUGUACUCGAGAGGAAACAAUUUCCGGGACCUCUUUGACGACGACAAAACGCAGCGACGCACAGAGGAGCUGACUUUGGAGCUAAGUAAGUCCGGAAUGUAUGACAUGUACACGUUCCGCAAAACGAGAGGGAAGAUGUUUCUGUCACCCAAAUCGUACUGGCGGGCGGACAAAGCGCUAUACUUCCCGCACUUGGUUGGUACAGCGGUCGCUCCCGGCAGUCGAAGGACGAACGUCGAGGACAUGAUGCGGGGGAAAAUAAGUGUCGUGCGAGUAUUUGGCAAUCGGGUUGGCGAGGAUAUAUCCACGGAGUUCUUCACGAAACAGGGACAGGGGACCCCUGAGUUUGAAUCCUGGCAGGACGUCAACACGCAACUGAUCGAGAUCAGCUGGAUCGAAAACGCGCUGAAGUCGUUCGUGAUGAAGCUCUCGAUGUGGAGUCUGCGGAACCACUUAUCCGCGCAGCGGCAAUCCAAGUAUGUUCUCUGCGAGCGGAAGCAACUACCCUUCAUGAUCAGAGAGCAGCUCAAUCUGAAUAACCUGUACACAGGGUACGUACUUGUGGUGGACCCGCAGCUGCGGAUCCGUUGGAUGGCGAGUGGGGGUGUCCGCUCCCCCGAGGAGCGCGACGCGCUGUGGAACUGCGUCUCACACUUGAAACGCGAACAGCCACCGACGUGA